GAUGACACAAAAAAGUGCUGGGACUGCCAAUGGUACCACUGCCAAGAAGGGAGACGAACUUAAAAUUGUGAUAGUGGGAGAUGGAGGCUGCGGGAAAACAUCACUGCUGAUGGUUUAUGCUAAAGGUGACUUUCCAGAGAAAUAUGCUCCGUCAGUGUUUGAAAAAUAUGUCACCACCAUCUCUCUGGGAGGGAAAGAGAUAAAGCUCAACCUGUACGACACAGCCGGGCAGGAUGACUAUGACAGACUGCGGCCGCUUUCAUACCAAGAGGCUGAUCUGAUUUUAGUCUGCUUUGAUGUGACCAACCCCACCAGCUAUGAGAAUGUCUUGAUAAAGUGGCACCCAGAGGUGAAGCACUUCUGUCGGGACACUCCGGUCAUCCUGAUUGGCUGCAAGACUGACCUCAGGAAGGAUAAAGAGUGUUCAAGGAAGCUCAAGGCCAAUAAUCAGGCUCCCAUCACUUACACACAGGGCGAGGAAACCCGGCAGCACAUGAACGCAGAGCUCUACCUCGAGUGUUCGGCGAAGUAUCAAGAGAACGUGGACGAGAUUUUCAGGGAGGCCACCAAAAGAACUUUGGCCUUCAAUCGGAAACAAAAGAACCACAGGAGAAAGAAGAAAUGUGUCCUCUUGUGAGGUCAACAUAACAGAUUCUUGAGGAUGCAUGUGCACUGAGAGUGAUUGGACAUCAAGAAACCAAAGAUGCUCUGUGUCCCUAGGCAGAUGUGUGGACAGCUGUAUGACCACUGGAUCAGAAAGCACUUAUCAGACCCUGUCAGUGAAUUUGCAGGCCUUUACCGUCACAAGGAAAUGACUUAUGACGUAACAGGAAGGACGAUUUUGCAAGAAGGGGCAGGGUGGGGUGCAACUUGAAAUGCCUUCUUUCAUUGUAUUUUACAUUUGUAUGUGACAUACAUUAUUUUUUUUUACUGAUAGAAAGCUUUGUGUCAUUUCUAAACUAGUUUUAUUGAGAUGUAUAUGUGUAUAUGUGUUGGAGGAACUUUAACAGAUGGUUCUUGUGUUGCCAACUCAGAUUUUUCCAAUUGUUUUCAUAAUGCCGAUUCAAAUGUAUGAAUCUGGCUUCAAAGCUGCUGGUAGGUAACAUAUUCCCCUGACAGGAUAGUUGUUGAAAUAUAUCAUGGUACUGUAGCUUUAACAGUAUUGAGUAACAGGGUUAGUUCAUUUCCAGUAAAACAAAACACUGAACUAGAAUUUGUUUUGGAGCUGUGUCAACUUAAAGCAAGGUGGGCUCUUAUCUUUACCAACAGCGCCCACUAGUGUUGGAAAAACUGCAUGUGUGCAGUGACUGCACAAUUCAGGUAUUUCCACACUUGUCACACUGUACAUUGAAGAAAAACUGGAAUAAAUGCGAAUAUUUUCUGUCCAAUUGCACAAGAAACAAAGAGGCGCACAACUAUUUUUAAUGAGGUCUUUAAUUAUUAAUAUAUUUUUUUUUACAACAAUGUACACAGAUUGAGAAACUGUCAUCUGUCUCUUGUCACUGAUCACACUCAGGCACAGGUCACAGUCUCCACAUGAAACGAUGAAAACAUUGUUUAACAUCGGCUACAUCGUCAAAAAUGAGGAAAUCAAGUUGUUUUGUGCAUUCUGGCAGCUCUUGCGUCAAGUGUAACGUUUUGGUCUGUAACCCGACAUGCUUCAGUUUUUCCCUUAAUAAAAGUGACACAGAAAUAUA